GCCGCCGGUGCUUUUAGCUCGGAGGAGUCGAGUCCCCGGCCCGCGGUCCCCGGCUCUGAAGAGACCAGACUUCCCCGCAGAUGACCGAGCCGCCCGCCGCCCCUGGAGCCUGAGAGCUGAUCCCGUCCGACCUCCCGGCGCGCUCCCGCCGGCUGCAACGGGGUUCCGGCCCGGCCUGCGCGUCCCCGCUCGCCGUCCGGACAGCGCAGCGCGCGGCCAGAAUGGCGGCGACGGCGACGGUGAUGGUGACGGUGACGGUGGAGCCCGCGGGUCGCUGCCGCUGGGACGAGCCCGUGCGAAUCGUGGUGCGCGGCCUGGCGCCGGAGCAGCGGGUCACGCUGAGAUCGUCCCUGCGCGACGAGAGGGACGUGCUCUUCCGGGCCCACGCGCGCUACCGCGCCGACGCUGGCGGCGAGCUGGACCUGGCGCGCGCGCCCGCGCUGGGCGGCAGCUUCGCGGGGCUGGAGCCCAUGGGGCUCUUCUGGGCGAUGGAGCCUGAGAAGCCUUUUUGGCGGUUUGUGAAGCGGGACGUGCAGACGCCCUUCGCCGUGGAGCUGCAGGUGCUCGAUGGCCACGAGCCUGACGGAGGGCGGCUCCUCGGCCGGACGGUGCACGUGCGCGACUUCCUCGCCCCCGGGGUGCGGCGGCAGCCGGUGCGCGCGGGCCGGGUGCGCGCCACGCUCUUCCUGCCGCCAGGACCUGGACCUUUCCCCGGGAUCAUUGAUCUCUUUGGUGUUGGAGGGGGCCUGUUGGAAUAUCGAGCCAGCCUUCUGGCUGGCCAUGGCUUUGCCACAAUGGCUCUAGCUUAUUACGGCUUUGAAGAUCUCCCCAAGGAAUUCGACAGCAGAAAUACGGACUACUUUGAAGAAGCCCUGUGCUACAUGCUUCAACAUUCUCAGGUAAAAGGCCCAGGCAUUGGCCUUCUGGGCAUUUCUUUAGGGGCUGAUAUUUGUCUCUCCAUGGCCUCAUUUUUGAAGAACAUCUCAGCUACAGUUUCCAUCAAUGGAUCUGGGUUCAGUGGAAGCAAAGCCAUAUGCUACAAGGAUACUUGCAUCCCACCACUGGGCCAUGACCUGAGGAGAAUCAAGACACAUUUUUCAGGCCUCCUGGACAUUGUGGAUAUACGGAAUGAUAUUGUAGGAGGGUGUGAAAACCCCAGCAUGAUUCCAAUAGAGAAGGCCCAGGGGCCUAUCCUCUUCAUCGCUGGUCAGGACGACCAUAACUGGAGGAGUGAGUUAUAUGCCCAAAUAGCCUCUGAACGGCUACAGACCCAUGGGAGGGGAAAACCUCAGAUCAUCGCCUACCCUGGCACUGGGCAUUACAUUGAGCCGCCUUACUUUCCCAUGUGCCCAGCUUCCCUGCACAGAUUACUGGAAAAGCCUGUGGUCUGGGGUGGGGAGCCCAGGGCUCAUUCUAAGGCCCAGAUAGAUGCUUGGAAGCAAAUUCUGGCCUUUUUCUGCACACAUCUUGGAGGUACCCAGAAAGGAGCUUCCCCCAAAUUGUAAUGCAUUGGUUUGUUGUUGACAUGAGAGAUACAAGUCCAAGUCUAGUGUUUAAUAAUCAUACGGGAAUAAAUUGUUCCCUGAAUCAUAUUAACUUCAUGUCAUUGGUAUUAAUGUUAUAUUUUGGGUAACUUUUUUGAAUGUUAUUUUUUCACUAAUUUUACUAAUGUAGCACAUGCCUAUUGUAGAAGAUUCAAUUAAAGAUAUACAACAAAGCCCUCCUAGCCGGUUUGGCUCAGUGGUUCAAUUCUGGUCAAGGGUAUGUACCUUAGUGGCAGGCUCCUCCCCGGUACUGUAAUAAUAUUAAACAAUAAUAAACAUACUAUAUAUGUUAUAUA